AACAUUGAAUAUUUAAAAUUCCGAUUAGGAAGAGAAUUUAGUGAUCGAAUCGACUUUCAAUUGAAAACGUCUCAGUUCAUCGCAGGAGAUGGUCACUCGCAGCUUUGAAAAUGGCAGAAAUCAUUACUCCUUCCACUUCCCGGUGCAGUCUCGUCGCCCAACUCGGCGUCCGCUGGAACUUGCGGAUUAGGCUUACCAAGUAAAUUCUCCUCCGACUUUUGGAGUCGCUCUCAAAAUUUUGAAACCUAUAAGCAUCUCUGUAGCAUUCAAUUUUGACGAUGUUGUUGAUCCGAACAGUCCCCGCCUCGCUACCACCGUGGUCGAAUCUUCUUCGUCGGCUUUUGUUCGCCGAGUCUCGAUUGCUUCAGUUUCAGCGGGUGGAUUCAUUUGGCAGUUCGGCGUUACCUGAUUCAUCAUGUUAUGGUAGUUCUUGUGGCGGCAAUGAGGAAUGUUUGCAUAAUAGAGAUCAUAAUUCGAAUGUGAUAAUGAUAGGAGAGAUUCCUGUGAAUCUAAAUCGUAAAGGAAAUGAACAGGAAUCCUUGUCUCGGUUGUCUGUUGGUAAAUGUGAUGAUUUCAAGUUGAGAAGCGAUCAAAAAGGGAUUCCUGCUAAUAUACCGAGUUCAUACCAUGAUGAUGAGUUUCCUCCUGUUCCUAGACAAAAUACCAAAAGGAGAAGCCGGAUAGAUUUAGGAUCGGAAAGAAGGUUGAAGAACAGUACAAGCUCAUCACAAAUGGAGAGGAAUGAACCAUUUAGUUUCAAGAAACAUCGGUCUCCGGAUAUUGGUUCCAAAAAUUCUCUUGCCACUGCCAAUUUGCCUCCCAUUGAAUCUUUCGAUAUAUGCUUUCCUGAAAGAAGAGGUAAAUCAAAACCCAGAUAUUCUUGGCAGUCUAAGGAUAGGGACACUAUGAAAGUAAUGGAGCAUGCUGAUGAAGCUACAAAUGGUAUUGUGAUGAGGCCUGGAAUGGUUUUACUGAAGCAUUACAUUCCUCUACAUGAACAGGUUAAUAUUGUGAAAACUAUUCAAAAACUUGGUCUUGGCCCAGGGGGAUUUUACCAGCCUGGUUAUAAAGAUGGUGCAAAACUCCGGCUUCAGAUGAUGUGUCUUGGAUUGGACUGGGAUCCUCAGACGAGGAAAUAUGCUCGUAAACGGGUUGCUGAUGGUAAUAAACCUCCAGAUUUACCUCCUGAAUUUGCAAUUCUGGUUGGGAAAGCACUUAACGAUGCACAUGCCUUGAUCAAGAACAAUGGCGACACGAAUAACAUAGAAGACAUACUUCCAACAAUGUCUCCUGACAUAUGCAUUGUGAAUUUCUACUCAACGAGUGGAAGACUGGGUCUGCAUCAGGAUCGUGAUGAAAGCAGAGAGAGUCUGGUCGGCGGACUACCUGUUGUUUCCUUUUCUUUGGGCAAUUCAGCAGAGUUCUUGUAUGGAGAUCAAAGAGAUGUCGAUAAAGCAGGGAAGAUUAUACUGGAAUCAGGUGAUGUUCUAAUUUUUGGUGGAGAAUCUAGGCAUAUAUUUCAUGGAGUAUCUUCAAUCAUACCUAAAUCGACGCCUAAGUUUCUGCUUGAUCAUACUGGUCUUCGUCCUGGGCGUCUAAAUCUUACAUUUAGAAAGUACUAAAACACAGCUGUUCCUUGUUUGUCCUGUACAAAUGAAUAGCUGUUUUAUUUAUUAAUUAGAUGAUUAUCUAAGUGGGAUAUUAUAAUUCUAGUUUGUAACUAUUCUUGGUUUCUGAUUUGUCUUUAGGAUACCUUUUCUGUCUUCCACAAUGCCUUUCCCAUGAACAUCUU